UGUCCGCAGUCUCACUGGUCAUCUCCUGCACUGUGUCCGCAGUCUCUGGUCAUCUCCUGCACUGUGUCCGCAGUCUCUGGUCAUCUCCUGCACUGUGUCCGCAGUCUCUGGUCAUCUCCUGCACUGUGUCCCGCAGUCUCUGGUCAUCUCCUGCACUUGGUCCGCAGUCUCUGGUCAUCUCCUGCACUGUGUCCGCAGUCUCUGGUCAUCUCCUGCACUGUGUCCGCAGUCUCUGGUCAUCUCCUGCACUGUGUCCGCAGUCUCUGGUCAUCUCCUGCACUGUGUCCGCAGUCUCUGGUCAUCUCCUGCACUGUGUCCGCAGUCUCUGGUCAUCUCCUGCACUGUGUCCGCAGU